AUGCCAUCCGAAAUCGAUAUCCAAGAUGUCCCAGCUCACCCCUUUCAUUUGGACCAAAACACCCUAAUUCCCGACUUCAGCCUAACAGACAAGGUAAUCCUAGUCUCGGGGGCCGGUCGAGGUCUAGGCCUUGCCUUAGCAGAGGCUCUGUUAGAAGCGGGGGCGAAAGUGUACGCUCUAGACUAUCUGAAAGAGCCGGCACCGGAGUUCAUCCAAGUCCAGCAGCAUGUCAAGACAUGGCGCACCGAGCUGCAGUACCGUUGUGUCGACGUGCGUGACACAGACGUGCUCAAUACUGUCGUCGAGGAUAUCGCCAAUCACGAGCGUCGUAUCGAUGGUCUAAUCGCGGCCGCUGCGAUUCAGCAGGAGACGCCCGCUUUGGAAUACUCUGCUAAAGAUGCUAAUGCCUUGCUCGAGGUUAAUGUCACCGGUGUGUUCAUGACUGCCCAGGCUGUCGCGAGACAGAUGAUUCGUUUCGGGAAUGGGGGUAGUAUCGCCAUCGUCGCUAGUAUGAGCGGUACUAUUGUUAACAGGGGUCUAAUCUGUCCCGUCUACAACGCAAGCAAAGCAGCCGUCAUCCAGCUAGCUCGCAACCUCGCUGCUGAAUGGGGCCAGUACAAUAUUCGCGUCAAUACCCUCUCCCCGGGCUACAUCCUUACUUCGAUGUUGGAGAUCUUGUUCGUCGAGUUUCCUGAGCGUCGCGAGCAAUUUGGUAAGGAGAAUAUGCUAGGCCGUCUAUCCCGUCCGAGGGAAUACCGUGGUGCGGCUGUCUUCUUGCUUUCUAAUGCUAGUAGUUUCAUGACUGGUAGUGACCUCCGUAUAGACGGUGGUCAUGCUGCGUGGUGA